AUCCUGUUAGCAUGGCUACUGUCUAAUCACAAACACACUGCAGUGCAGCAGAUGAGAGGGCAGGGACGAGUCGGCACCGCUUUUCCUCCCAAUUCUUCCAUUGUUUGCGCUUUUGUUUUAUCGAGAUGGGGACAAGAGACGACGAAUAUGACUACUUGUUUAAAGUGGUCCUGAUUGGAGACUCUGGUGUGGGGAAGAGUAACCUGCUGUCCCGUUUCACCCGCAAUGAAUUCAACCUUGAGAGCAAAAGCACUAUUGGAGUGGAGUUCGCUACACGUAGCAUUCAGGUAGAUGGGAAGACAGUUAAGGCUCAGAUCUGGGACACAGCUGGUCAGGAGCGGUACCGAGCCAUCACUUCAGCGUAUUACCGGGGAGCUGUUGGGGCGCUUUUAGUGUAUGACAUCGCAAAGCACCUGACCUAUGAGAAUGUGGAACGCUGGCUUAAGGAACUGAGAGACCAUGCAGACAGCAACAUCGUCAUCAUGCUUGUGGGCAAUAAAAGUGACUUGCGUCACCUACGGGCUGUGCCCACUGAUGAAGCACGUGCUUUUGCAGAGAAAAAUGGACUGUCUUUCCUAGAGACUUCGGCUUUGGAUUCCACCAAUGUAGAGACUGCUUUUCAGACCAUCCUGACUGAAAUCUACCGGAUUGUGUCCCAAAAGCAGAUGUCGGACCGCCGAGACAAUGACAUGUCACCUAGCAACAAUGUGGUGUCCAUCCAGGUGCAGCCUACCGAGAAUAAACCAAAGAUGCAAUGCUGCCAAAGCAUCUAGCAGCACUCCCACACUCCCAACCACCCACCUGCAACAUCCCCUCCCCUCCUCUUCAAGACUACUUUGGGUCUGCGAUGCAGCUGCACAACUAGGCUUGAGCACAGAGGCUGGUUCCAAAAGCUGGAAUCUCAAAGGGUCACCACCUGCAGUCUGGACUAAGCUCGUUUUGUUUCUUCCUGCCAUGGUAGGCUUUUAUAUUGCAGAUUUUUAAUAAUCAUUUGUGCCGAUCUUCACUGAAAUGUCUUAAUAUAUAAUUUCAUUUGCAAAUGUAUGAAGUUUGCUCAUGUAUGUCUUUAGUAGCAACCCCAUUUUUGCUGUUGCGUCUGGGGUGGAUGGGAGAAACGUGCAGUAUUGGAGGUAUUGCUGUAUUUAAUGUUGUGAUGUAGAGAGAUGACGUCUUUGUUUUUAGAUGUUAGAAAACAAUUGGAGCCCAAACACUGCAGACUUCACCUUCAGCCAUACACGACAAUGGUUUCCACUGCAUGUAAAACUAAGUUGCAGCUCAAUACAACUUCCUUCAUGCGUUAGGCACGGAUUACAAAGCAACAUUGCAUUCUUUAUUUCACCAUCCUAUGGAUGAGGACUUCAAGGCAUAGUUUAUCCAAAAAUGACAAAUCUGUCAUUUAUUCACCCUAAUGUUGUUCCAAACCUGUAUAACCUUUCUUAAAGAGCUGUUUAGAACAACGUAAGGGUGAAUAUUCAUUUUUAGGUGAACUAUACCUUUAAGCUUGUGGCACAGGGAACAUCCUGUACACCGUGCCUCAGACCAAUCCAUAGCUAUUGCUAAUGUGCUAUUUUCCCUACACCAUCAUGUGUGUCUCUUGCAUCCUUGGUUUUAUUUUAGUGCCUUUCAUAAUGGAACGUCACAUGGGACGCCUCCGGUUUCAUGCAUGUGCUUCAAACACUGCGGUUUUACACCUCUACAGCUUUCUAUGCCAGUGCAAUGAGACCUUCAUCACAUGAUGCUCUGCAGUGCUGUAAUUAUGCUGUAAUAUAGUAUAAAACUGACCCCUUCUUUGACUCGAAGGGAAAGUUAAACCCAAAAAUGAAUUUUGUAGUUUACUCACCAUCAUGUUGUUCCAAACCCGAAUUACUUUUAUUUCUUCUGUGGAACACAACAGGAAACCUUUGGUGGCAAGUUAGCCUCGGUCACCAUUCACUUUCAUUGCAUCUUGGGUCCAUAAAAUGAAAGUGAAUGGUGAUUGGUGCUAGUAUUCUGCCUAAAUCUCCUUUUGUGUUACAUGGAUGAAAGUCAAACAGGUUUGGAACAACCUGAGGGUGAGUAAAUGACAGAAUUUUCAUUUUUGGGUGAACUGUCCCUUUAAUCUUGGUUGUCUUAGAUAUUGUUGAAAUAUUCCUGCAUAUUUCAGUUUUUAAUAAACAGUGAUGUCAUAACGUGGAAAGAUUAUUUAUCUGCGGCUUAAAGCGUAAAAGAGGGGAAAGUACUUUGGCUUGUACUUCAAUGCCCACAAACAGGCACAGGUUCUUCUUUGGCACAAUUGAAACUAAAUAACACUACCAACAACCUAUUGAGUGUAAAAUGAGGGAAUAGAGACUUUGUUUUACCUUUUCACUUCCUCCAACUUACAAACACAUGUAAAAUUGUCAUCAAUGCCACCUCAAACCCAUUGUACUAUUGAAGGUCACACUUUGUUGUUAAAGUAAGAACAGGAAAAACCAACUGCCCAGCUGACAACCACAUCACAUGAGAGCACUCUAGGGAAUAGACUGGAUUUUAUUUCUCUUUUUGCACUGAAUGUAAAAUAUUUCCCGGUUUGACUUACCCCACUACAGUUUAUGAUAACCAGUAACUUGUAUUUACUCUGUGGUUGUCACUCGAAUUCAGUUUAUUAGCCUUUAAUCGUCGUGGCGAAGUAAUGGGACUCUCAGAUGUUAAGACACAGUGUGAUCAUUUAUGAAUGUAUUAUGUGUUUUAGCCUACAACAGUCUUGUCCUGAUUUCAGCUGAUGGGGAAACUACCACAAGCUGUGAUGCUCGUCUUUGCUUAAUGACUGUCUAAUAAAAUUUACUCUGUGUGACCUAAUAUCAGUAAAGACUGAACUAAUAAUGCGUGUGAUAUAAUGGUCACCAAAGAUGACUUCAGAGUGGAAAAAUACUGUAGACCUCAGCAUUUAGUCCGCAACUCUAAAGUAAUUUACUUUUUUCACUUUGAUAUCGAUCACUUUGACUUUAAUUACCUUAGCCCCAGGUAAAACAACAUAGUUCACAAAGAGAGUUCUCAAUAGUGUCAGAACACAUUCCAGAUGGAAUUGAAAGCCCUUCCAACAGCAGUAGCUGGUGUUCAACCCCACAUAAUGUAAUCACAAAAAUGAAACGGAAUAGAAUGGAUCGACAUCGCUGCACAGGUGCAUGUGAAUAAUGUUAUGUUGUCAGCAGGUCACCUAUAUCCUAGAAGGUAAAACUCUAGAACUUCUAAUGAUAGCAGCAUGUUGAGGUAUUGCAGUACUUAUUAGCAUCAAAUGGUAAAGACGCUGUGAUAUAUAAGUGUUCGGAUCAGUUUAUGUAUAGUGUUGGGGGCUUACCACAUUUAGGACCCUGACUCUGAUUGUAUGACUGUUCUUUAGAGGCAAGGGUUACUGGUGCUAACCGGGGGCCAGUGCCAAUGAUGUGAGCAUACAGAUGGCACAACGAUGGCCUGCCCAUGCACUGCACAAAGCUGGUGUGACCUACUAAGAUUGCCUAGAUAUUACUUUUUAACUGUCCCGUUUUUCACGUAUUGCCUCAAACCUUAUUUCUUUGUCUGCACUGUACUGUGAUAUUAUUUUUUAUUGUUAUGAUUAUACUAUUACUCUGUCCACUGUAAUUCCAAUUUAAGAGAGCAAAUAAAAUGUGUAGUUAUUUCAA